AUGUAUUAUAUGAAGUUUCUUUUACUUGCUGUAGUAGUAUUUCUAAAUGUUAUUAAUGAAGGUUCAACAAGUGACAUUAUCUGUGCUAGUACAACAGAUACAUGUACUCCAGCAGAAACAUCGAAACUACAAUGUGAAGGAACAGGAAAGAUUCAUGUAAUUCCAGAUGAAUGUAUAAAUGAUGGUGGUAUUGAUGCUGUUGGAGAUUCACUCGAAAUCUAUUGUGUUUGUAAUCGAGCUCGAUUUUGUUUGUCUGGUGAAGCAUGUCCAUGGCGAAAUCCAACAACAAAUGAAGUAGACAAUAGUCGCACUUGUUCACGAGCUGGUCUUACUUCAUCCUAUAUGGCCAAUGCUUGGUGUAAUCAAUGGAAAAAUCAAACGAACUAUAAUUGUUGUUACGAUGGUUUUAUUGGAUUUUAA